CGUCUCGAUACUGUUUAUUACGUUUCAUCAUUACAUCCUCCAUGACCUCAUCCUUCCUAAUGCCUGUCAAAGCAUAGAAUAAUAAGUAGACAUUAUAUGGUGGGAUGGCCUUAGAAUUAUUGCAGUCUCCAAAUGAUUCAAAAGACUAUAGAAUAAUCACGCUCCAGAACAACCUGGUUGCCAUUGUCAUUUCUGACUUGGCAUCCACCACCAGUUCUCAUAAUUCAGAACUCGACAAAAACGUCAACGUUGAUGGUACUGGUAGUGAGAAUGCAGGUGGACAAGAAGAAACAGAUGGAAUACAAGCUGACAGUGAAGAUGAAAUGGUGCCACUCAAGAAGAGAAAGAUAGCACAAAAGAAAUUGGCUGCUGCAGCUCUAAGCGUUGGUGUUGGAAGCUUUUCUGAUCCAUCGGAUAUCCCUGGAUUAGCUCACUUUCUUGAACAUAUGGUGUUUAUGGGCAGUAGCAAAUACCCUGAUGAGAACUCAUUUGAUGCUUUUGUAAAGCGUCACGGCGGAAGCAACAAUGCAUCUACUGAUUGUGAACGGACUGAAUUUCAUUUUGAAAUUGAUAGCAACUUCUUUCAUGAGGGAUUGGACCGCUUUGCUCAGUUCUUUAUCUCGCCCCUGAUGAAGGAAUCCAGCACUGACAGAGAACUGGAAACUGUCGAUAGUGAAUUUCAAAUGCGUCUUCAGGAUGAUUAUUCUCGUAAACAGCAGUUGUUUGGUACUUUCACUAAAGAAGGUCACCCACUUGGAAAAUUUAUGUUUGGCAAUACAACAACUCUGAAACUGGAUCCAGUUAGCAAAGGUAUUGAAGUACACAAACAACUUCAGAAAUUCAGACACGCAAUGUACUCCAGUGAUUAUAUGACACUUGCUGUACAGUCUACAGAAAGUUUGGAUACACUUGAGGAGUGGGUGAGGGAAUCGUUCUCAGACAUCCCCUCCAAUGGUCUUCCUAAGCCAAUGUACUCUUUACAUGCAGAUCCCUUUGUGUCAGACAAGUUCCACAAACUAUACAAAAUUGUGCCCGUACAAGAUUUGAACGAGUUGGUAAUAACUUGGAAAUUUCCAUGUUUGUUCAAAGAAUACAAGUGUAAACCGCUUCAUUACUUAUCUUGGCUGAUCGGUCAUGAGGGGCAUGGCAGUGUAUUAGCUUGGCUCAAGAAAAGAUCAUUUGCUCUUAACCUAUGUGGUGAAAAUGAUGGAACUGGGUUUGAAUACAAUGAAACUUGUGCAAUUUUUAGCAUUACUGUUCAGCUGACAACAACAGGGCUGACCAACAUAGAUGAGGUUGUAUCUAUAAUCUUCCAAUAUAUUAAAAUGUUGCAAAAAGUUGGGCCACAGAAAAGGAUAUUUGAUGAGAUAAAGACAAUAAACGACAAUGCAUUCCGAUUUCAAGAGGAGAUGGAUGCUGUUGAUUAUGUGGAACUGAUUUCAGAUAAUAUGCAAAUUUACCCACUGGAGCAUUACCUCACAGGGCACUUACUUCAAUUUGAAUAUGACCACAAGGCAAUUAACAAAUGUCUCUCACAACUAACGGCCGAGUCUGCUAAUUACAUGCUGUGGUCAAAGACAUACCAGGAGUCAUGUGAUCAGGUGGAGCCCUGGUAUCAGACUGCCUACAAGAUUGAACAAGUGCCCUCGAGAUGGAUACAAGACUACCAUAAUUCUGAGGUUCACCCUGAUCUACAUCUUCCACAUCCAAAUAUCUUUAUUGUGGAUGAUUUCAGCUUGAAGACUGAUGAUGGACCACCAUCUGAACAUCCAAUAAAGAUACUGGACACAGAACAAGGGUGUGUCUGGCACAAAAUGGACAAUAAGUUCAAAUUACCAAAAGCGUUUAUCUACAUUCACCUGAAGAGCUUGUUGGUGAACCAGUCUGCUAUGAAUCUGUGUCUCUUUGAAUUUUUUGUUUGUUUACUUGAGCAUAACAUGAACGAGGUCACGUACAAUGCCAAGGUAGCCGACCUCAGCUACAGCUUCUACACUGAAGAGACCGGCUUCAUUAUCAUAAUGCACGGUUUUAACCACAAGCUGCAUUUACUGUUUGAUACAAUCCUUGAUUACAUUGCCAACUUCUCUGUUACCGAUGAUCUAAUGGAUGCAGUGAUGGAGGACAGGUUGCAGUCAUAUCACAAUCACAUCAUAGAUCCAAGUGAAACAAUCAAUGAUGUUGAACUAGCAAUUUUACAAAAGGUUAAAUGGAUUCCAUCGGAUAUGUGGAAAGCCUGCCCCCAUGUGACGAAAGCCAUGGUGGAACAGUUUGCUAUGGACUUCAGAAAAAAAGUAUUUUUGGAGGUUUUGGUUCAAGGCAACUAUACUUCACAGGAAGCGAUUGGGUUUCACAACAAGAUUUGCAAGAAGUUGGAGCUUGGGGUCAUAGAUCAUCAGCCUAGCACCAGUAUUACUAAGAUUCCACUGGGCUCAACUGUCUGCAAAAUAAAGAGCUUCAAUCCUGGGGAUACCAACACAGUGGUCAAUAAUUACUACCAACAAGGGUGUGGAACCAUUCACAAGAUCACACUUAUUCAUUUACUAGUGAUCCUUGGAUACUGCAUUCUUCAAGAUGAAUCAAUCUUCGGUGAUGAUCAUAGCAUCGUUUCUGUUGUUGAGAUCGGGGAGAGAAUAACAAGAAAAAAAGUCUUGGGCAUGUCGUGGACAAAGCGAAUGCAGGUGUGUACUGAUGUAUUGUCAUUA